AGCAGAACGGAGUCGGGAGUACCCAGGUGGACCGGGCACCCCAGCCAGCCAGCGCGGACCGGCAGGCGCACGGGCACCGCGCCGGGUACCGCACCGCACCGUUCCGCGCGGGGCAGAGCGGAGCCGCAACCCCACGCGCCUCCCAGGACCCACCAGCCACCGCCGCCUCCGCAGCACCCAUGGGGACCAGGAGACUUUAAAGGAGUUUGGGGUUUCGGGAGCAGGGAAAUCACGGGUACGGAGAGGCGGCUUUCUUUGCCUUGGAAACGGUUUUUCUUCGUCCGACUGUUUGGACCCUGUGCCGGAUCCCGGCUCCUGGCCCUCGCCUCGCCGCGUCAUUGAUGGGCAACCAACUGGACCGCAUCACCCACCUCAACUACAGCGAGUUGCCCACAGGGGACCCGUCGGGGAUCGAGAAGGACGAGCUACGAGUUGGGGUCGCCUACUUCUUCUCGGAUGAGGAGGAGGACCUGGACGAACGCGGCCAGCCCGACAAGUUCGGCGUGAAGGCCCCCCCGGGCUGCACCCCGUGCCCAGAGAGCCCCAGCCGCCACCGCCACCACCUGCUGCACCAGCUGGUCCUCAACGAAACUCAGUUCUCCGCCUUCCGGGGGCAGGAAUGCAUCUUUUCCAAAGUGAGCGGCGGCCCUCAGGGCGCCGACCUGAGCGUCUACGCUGUCACAGCGCUGCCCGCGCUCUGCGAGCCGGGCGACCUGCUGGAGCUGCUGUGGCUGCAGCCGGCGCCCGAGCCGCCCGCCCCCGCCCCGCACUGGGCCGUCUAUGUGGGUGGCGGGCAGAUCAUCCACCUGCACCAAGGCGAGAUCCGCCAGGACAGCCUGUACGAGGCGGGCGCGGCCAACGUGGGCCGGGUGGUGAAUAGCUGGUACCGCUACCGCCCGCUGGUGGCCGAGCUGGUGGUGCAGAACGCCUGCGGCCACCUGGGCCUCAAGAGCGAGGAGAUCUGCUGGACGAACUCGGAGAGCUUCGCCGCCUGGUGCCGCUUUGGUAAGCGGGAGUUCAAGGCGGGAGGGGAGGUGCCGGCCGGCACGCAGCCCCCGCAGCAGCAGUACUAUCUCAAGGUGCACCUGGGCGAGAACAAGGUGCACACGGCCAGGUUUCACAGCCUGGAAGACCUCAUCCGCGAGAAGCGCCGCAUCGACGCCAGCGGCCGCCUGCGAGUGCUCCAGGAGCUCGCCGACCUCGUGGACGACAAGGAGUAGCCUCGUGGGGGGCCACCUGCGCCUCCUGUCUCCCCGCGCCCCGCUCCCUUCCCAGCACCCGGGCUUCCUGGCCGGCGAUCCGCGACCCCCGUCCCCCUCGAGCGCCCUCCUGCGGCGGCCGGUGCCCAGGCUGCACCCUCGCACCCCUCCGCAAGUGGCCGGAAGUCUCAGGAACUGGCCCCGGGACGAAAGGGCAGCUGUGCGCGCCUGGCUGAGCCCCCCCAGUGGUGGUGAUGGUGUUGGGAAACCCAGCGUGCGCUUUCCCCUCGAGUUGUAACGGGGGAAAGGAGAAAGGGCUGAAGGGAGCAAGCAAGGACGUGGCUUUCCCCACAGGUCGCUAGUCAGUGACUGUCACCCGACCUCCUAUAAAGGGACCAUCACCGCCCCCAGUGCGCACACACAGACCAGUCGGAGGUGAGAAAUGAUCUUUCCAGGGCACAGUUCACCUCCCGUAUGAACGUGUCCCCAGAUUGCAGGAUUUCCAAGAAAUCGAGCCUGUCCCUUAGGCACUUGUGAAUAAUUCCACAAGACAGCACUUUGGGACUCCGGGUUAUCCCGAGGCUGCCCGGGACUUUUCCAGCUCUCCAGCCCCAAGUCUCCUGACAUUUGUAUUCCAGGCUCCGGGCAAAGCUGUAAUGUUUGCUUCCAGUCCUUUCCACCGAGGGAAGCGACCGCCACCCCCAUCCCAUUUGCCUGUGAGUCUCCCUCGCUGGCAGAAGGGAAGCCUUCCUGGUCCCGUGAGGAAAAUGGCUCAGCUGAUUUGGUGAGGAGCGCGGGCCCCGCCCCCGGCAAGGAGAAGGUUCACCUGGUGUCUGGGAACUUGAAUGUGUGGAGACGGUCGCUUGUUGUUCUUAACCCUCGUUUGCUCCCUGAUGGGGCUGCAUUUCAGAAAGAGUCCUAUUUUUUAAAGGGUUGGAGGAGAGAGAGAGGAGGAAGAUAUGGCAACAUUCAAGAAACCAGCAUUAUUACAACACCAUAGCCAGUAUAUUUAGUUUGGCUUUUCCUAACCUAGAAAUCUUAGAGGGUGGGGAAGUGGAAAUAAAGUUUUAAAAGUGAGAGAGCAGUUUUCCAACUAUGUCAACAAAGCCUAUCGUGUUGAUGUUUUUAUUGACCAUUUUAGCAACAUGCUAAUAAAAUUUCAAAUUGAAA